GCGAGCUCUGUAGUUCUGCCCAAGGCGAAGAGUGUUGAGCGCGGGUGACUCCAUGCUUUUGUUUACAACUAGGUGCUGUGGCACUCCUUGAGAUAGUCUCGACUCGUUUCAAUGAUGACUUGCCAGAACCACACGCCAAGCGCGACACGUAGCAAGCAUCUGAGUAUCAUGCAUGGCUGCAGUAGCAACACAACGGCACGAGUUAUCGACGGGGUCUGCGCACGCGACCAUGACUUUAUCCCGGUAUAAGCGGCCAUCCCCUCGCUGAAAGAGUGCUGGACAAGGUUAAGAUGCCUUGUUUUGGCUGCUUUAAGUCCACGCAUGCUGGACUCAGCGCUGGCGCUGGGCAUAACCAGCAGCGCGCCAGUACCCAGGUUGAUGAGGCAACAGCGAAGAAGAAAUUUGCUUCGAGCAGCAUUCCAAGCUUGCUAAGCAAGGCCACUACUGGCGCGCAAGAGAGCAGGGCGGCAUCGGGAGUGGGCGAAACGGCGAACAGCUCCUCGCCGUUCAGCACUGCGCAACAGCUUGGUGACUCGGAGCAUGGCGCAGCUUUCUCUGGAGCCGACGCCCAGUCUCCCAGCCAUGCGGCGACUGCGGCCGGUCCCGAUGGCCAGCACGCGACAUCGGUGGCCUUGCUGCCCCGGGGCGGCACCACCAUGGCGACCGCCGGCGCCUAUUCCGCCUCAGCUGCCACCACCUCCCACUCGCAACCCUACACCCAGGGCACCAGCCAGCUGGCAGCGGCCUCCACCGGGGCCGGCUCCACAGCGACCACAACCAUGCAGCUGCGAGCCGGCCACUCCACCGCCGGCACCACAGCCACCACCGCCCCCAGCCGCCUCGGCAGCAGCCCGUUCAACGCCGCCCAAGUGGUCUACGCAUUCAAGCCUCCUCAGGGGGCAGCAGGCUCCGCGGCCCCGGCGCAGCCCCCCUCCCCCUCCCCCGGCCCCCCGCCGGCAUCUGCCUCCAUGAUCUCUAUCUCCGCCUCGGGCAUCCCUCCCCACCUCCUCAACAGCGCCGGCACAGUCCUGGGGCUCGGCACUGGCUCGCAAGCCCCCGAGGUGACGGCUCGGCUGCCGCUCUCCCCCGCCGGCGGCGGGGGCUCCAAUGCGCCGCCACCGGUGCCGCCCGGCGUGCUGCUUGCCUCGGAAGCCUCCACGGUACGACUCAUGGAGUACCUCGGCGGCACAGGAGGAGAUGGCCUUGGCGGCGGCGGCGGCGGUGGCGGCGGCGGCUCCGCCGCUGACGCCACCGUCGGCCUGCUGACCACCACACAUGCCAGCAGCAUCUCCGUGCGACCCUCCAUCGGCGUGGCCUCGGUGGUGGGCGGCGGCGGCGGCGGCGGCGGCGGCGGCGGCGGACUGGCAGCAGCAGCGCCCUUUGUGCCGCCUGCGGCGGGUGCGGGGGCUGUUGCAGCGGCCCGGUCAAGGCUGGGCGUGGGAGGAGGCGGAGGCGGGUUCUCGCUGUUUGGCGCGUUGAAGCAGUUUACCGAGGGCCUGUCCCCCGACGGCGCCGGCGGCGGCGCCGCCCGGCGGCCCAGCCUGGGGCCCGGCGGCGCCGCGGUGCCGCCGGCCCUGGCGGCGGCGGGCAGCAGCAACGCCUCGGAGGUGUUUGGCGGCUUUGGCCUGGCGGCGGCAGGCUCCAGCGCGGGGCGGGAGCCGCCCACCGCCACCCUGCACCGCGUGCCACAGCCCCACCACGGCCACCUCCACGGCCGCAGCAACCUGCGCCGGCAGGGCAACAGCGGCGGCAGCGAUGCCGCAGGGCCGGCGGGCGGCGGCGGUGGCGGCGGCGGCGCGGCGGCGGCGCGGCGUAGUGGUGCCGGUGGUGCUGAUGGCGGCGGCGGCGGCGGCGCUGUGGCGUGGCCGCCGACGCUGCAGCUGCAGCUGAUGACGAGUGGCGGCGGCGAGGGCGCGUACGGCAGUGAGACGGCGCUGGCGGCGGCGGCGGGUCUGGUCAUUGGCGGCCAGACCACCAACUCCAGCGGCGUCAACGCCAUUGCGGUGGCGGCGGCGGCGGCGGCGGCGGCGGCGGGCGCUGGCGGCGCGGGUGCCGGGCACGUGCGUGGCGGGCGGGCCGGGGCGGCGGCGGGCGGGCUUGCGAGAUUGCCGUCGGCGGCUCUGACGGAUGUGGGGGUGGAGAGCCUGGGCAGCAGCGGCUCGCUGGCGCAACACGCGGGAGCUGUGGCGGCGGCGGCUGGUGGCGGUGGCGGCGGCGGCGGCGGUGGCGGCGGCGGUGGCGGAGGCGGCGGUCGGGCCGCCUCUGCGUCGGCGGGCCGGGCGGCGGGCGCGGCGGCGGCGCUGCGCAUCGGGGCGGCUGGUGGCGGCGGCGGCGGCGGCGGCACUGGUGCCGGGUACGGCUUCCAGUCGGAGGCGAUGUCGUUUGAUGGGAUGGCUACCUUGUUCAGCGGCGCCUCGGCCCUCUUCACGCUUGAGGGAGCCGCCGGCUACGCCGGCGGCGGCGGCGCCGGCAGUGACACUGACACCGCAAGCAACGCUGGCGGCGGUUACGGCGUAUACGGAAGUUACGGCGGCGGCGGCGCCGGGCUCAGCGGGACAGGCUUUCUGCUGUCUGGCGGCGGCUUGGCGGCCGGCGGCGGUGGCGCCGGCGGCCGGCAACACCAGGGCCAGGGCCACGCCCGGGCUGGCGGCGGCGGCGGCGGCGGGCGGCGGCGCGGCGGCGCUGAGCGGCGGGAGUUUGCGGCGGCGGCGCGGCAGCUGGGCGCGGUGCUGGGCGACGUCCAGAUUGUGGCGGUGCUGGGCGCGGGUGCGCAUGGCAAGGUGUACAAGGGCGUCCUGGGCGACCGCUUUGUGGCGGUCAAGGUGAUCCACCACGAAACAGAGGUGGUCAUCGGCGGCGGCCGCGGCGGCGGCGGCGGCAGCAUGACUAAUGCGUUGGGGCUGGGGCCGCUGGGGAUCAGUAACAUGAGUCAUGGCGGCGGCGGCAGCGGUGGACACACAGGGCUGCUUUCGCCGUCUUUAAGCCUGACGAGCGGGCAGGGCGCCUACCCCGGCGGCGGCGGCGGUUAUGGUGGCGGUUAUGGUGGCGGUUACGGCGGCAGUGGAAGUGUGUACGGCGGCGGCGGAAGUGUGUACGGCGGGGCUGGCGGCGGGUUGCGCCCUGUGGUCGACAGCAGCAGCCAGCUUAUCGGCAACAGCGGCGGCGGCCUGGCAGGCCUGCUGACCGCCGCCGUCAACAUCAGCGGCGGCGCCCCAGGCAGUAGUUUGACCGACGAGCCGCCGCCGCCGCCGCCGCCGCCGGCAGCAGCUGGCGCGCCAUUGUUGCCGCUGCCUGGGCAUGACGGCGGCGGCGGCGGCGCCGCCGCCGCCGCUGGCGGCGCGGCGCUGACGCCGGCGGCGGCGGCGGCCUUGGAUGGCGUGGUUUCCGCUGGGCACGCCGCCGCCGCCGCCGCCGGCCACCACCAGCAGCUUCAGCACCACCCCACCGCCGCCAGCGCAAUGGCUAGCGGCGCCACCGCCGGCGGCGGCGCCCACACGCCCAUGAUCGCCAGCGGCGCCAGCGGGUACGGCACGCCCAUGCUCGGCCCCACGGCGCCGGCGACGUUCUCAGGGCCUGCAGGCGGCGGCGGCGGCGGCGGCGGCGGCGGCGGCGGCGUCAGCAGCCCCCCGCCGCCGCCGGCAGGCGCCGCGCGGGCGGCGCUGGUGGCGGCGGCGGCGGCAGUGGCCGUGGCGGCGGAGGCGGUGGACGCCGUUACUGGCGAUGACGACAGCGCCACGGCCGCCGUUGCGGCCGCCGCCACUGCCGCGAUGCCAGAGCCCGCGUCGGUCUCCCCGGCCGCGGCCCCGCAGUACCCACUGCACUACCAGCGCGCCGGCUCCUCCAACCUGCACCCGCUCUUCAUUCCCGGAGGAGAAGGGGCGGAUCCCGCAGAAGCAGGAGCAGCGCCGGUGCCAGCCGGCGGCGGAGCCGCCGGUGACGGCGCAGCCGCAGGCGGCGGCGGAGCCGCCGCCGCCGCCGGAGGCGGCGGCGCCGGAGGCGCCGGAGGCGGCGCAGCCGCCACCACCACCUCCGGCGGCAUGUGGAACGGGCUGCCUACGCUGACGCUGCCGGGUCUGCCUGCGCCGGUGGUGAUGCCGCACAAGCACAUGCUGGAGGGGCUCAUCUCUGCCUCCGCCGCGCACCCCAACAUCGUGGAGACCUACCGCAUCGUCACGCAGCUGCUCUCGGCGCCCGGCCUGCCCGCCUUCGUCGUGACCCGUGGGGCGCCGGCGGCGGGCGCCGGCGGCGAGGCCGCCGCCGCGGCGGCCGCGGCCGCGGCGGCGGCGGCGGUGGUGGCUGGUGCGAGCGGCGGCGGCAGCGAGGAGGCGGCGGACCCGGUGCCGCUGUGGGAGACCACGACGAUCUCCGCGGCGGCGCUGCUGGGCUUGGCUGGCGGCAGCAGCUCUGGCAGCGCCGCUGCCGCUGGAGGCGGGGUCGCGGCGCCGGCGUCAGGGCAGCCGCCGCCGCCGCCGCAGCAGCAGCAGCACCUGCAGCACCCGCAGCACCAGCACCCGCAACAGCCGCUAUCUGCGCUACCGCCGGGCCUGCGCGUCAGCUUGACGGGGCGGCGGCCGCGGCUGCAGCGCGCCAGUAGCCUGGGGCCGCACCGACACGACUGGGAGGGGGGCAACAGCCCGACUGGCGGCGGCGGAGGCGGAGGAGGAGGCGGAGGAGGCGGAGGCGGGUACGCUCUUGUGGGCGGCGGCGGCGGCGGCGGCAGUGGCAGCGGCAUGUCUGGCGGCGUGCCAGCCGCCAGUGUUGUUGAUGCGGUGCACGGCGGUGGUGGUUUGCCUGGGGGCGGCGGCGGCGGCGGCGGCGGCGGCGGCGGCGCAGACGCCGCCAUUGGCGCCGGGCCUGGUCCCGGCGUCGGCCGCCUGCCUGCCCUGUCGGCGGGCCAGCACCCGCUGUCGCUGACGGCGCUGGGGCCGCUGCUGAUGCAAGCCCCGGCGGCGGCGGCGGCGGUGGCGGCGGCGGCGGCGGGGCCGGCCCCCGUCAGUCCGCUGCGGGGGCCCCGCCGGAUGGAGGUCUACGCAGCCGGCCCCUCCGCGGCGGCGGCGGCGGCCGCGGCGGCGGCGGUGCAGCUGACGGCGGCGGCGCUGGGCAGCGCCACAGCCGACCGCAGCGGCGGCUCCAGCGGCCCCAUGUGGCAGUCCGCGCUGAGCGGCUCUGCUUACACACGCCGGAGCACGGACGUCGCCAGCGUGCGGCCCGCGGCAUUGCUGUCAGGGCCCGCUCCGCCGCGCCCGCAGGUUGUGGUGGCGGCGGCGCCGGCGCCGCUGUCGGCGUCAGCGGCACAGGCGGAGGGGGCGCCGCCGGCGCAGGGCGAAGCGGCGGGCGCGCCGCGGCGGCGUCCGCGUCAGGCGGCGCGUCAGGCCUAUCUCCAAGCGGCCGAGCCGCGUGUGCUCGAGUACCUGUCAUCGCUGCCGCCUCCGCCUGGGGCAACAGCAGCUGCGGCCGCCGCAGAUGAGCUGCCCGCUGUCGCCGCCGCCGCCGCCGCCGCCGCCGCCGCCGCAGAUGAGGAUGAGCUGCAGGGAGCGGCUGAGCUGGCGGCGCGAUGGAAUGGCGAUGCUGCCGUUGCCGCCGCCGCUGGCGCGGGGCAGCCCUUUCCUGGGGAGGAAACCGUUGCCGCGGCCACCAGCGCUGCUGCUGCUGCCAGUGGUGGCGACGCAUCCGGGAUUGCUAACGCCAGUGCUGAUGUCAAUGCGGCUGCCCAUGCGGGUGCGAAUGCGGAUGCCGUGACUGACUCAUUCUUCGUACGGCCAGAGGAGGACCUAUUACUAACGAGCACGUCAGCUGGCGGGUGCGUCGCUGCGGCCGCCGCCGCUGCCGUUGCUGCUAGUGCUUCUGCCGAUGGUGGCGGCGGCGGCGGCGGCGGCGGCGGCUUGCAGCCGCCCCGACACGGAUCUGCUACAGCCACCCACAGCACGUUCGGGCUUGGCAGUAGCAAUGAUGGCGAGGCGGGGCACGGCAGUGUUAGUCUGAUCAACACAGCCGCAGCGGCGCUGGGUGGCGGUGGUGGCAGCAACGCCGGUCAUGGCGGCGCGGCGGCGGUGGCGCCGCCGGCGGCCAGCUCAUUGGCCCUGUCAUUUGGUGAGAUGGGGCGCGGGCUGUCGGCGGCGGUGGCCGCUAGAGUGGCGGCGGCGGCGGCGGCGGCGGCGUUGGAAGGGCGUGAGGCCCUGGAUGUCGGUCUGCAGGACGAUGCCAAUGCCCCUGCCAAUGCCGCUGCGACCCUCACCGCUGCCACAGCGGCAGCCGUCGUCAGCACCCCCGUUGCAACGGAGCUGCGUGCCGGGACAGGAGGCAAAGUUAGCGGCGACAGCGCUGCGCCGCCACCACUGCGCCGGCCGCCAGCAAAGGACGAGGCUAGCGGCGAGACAGACGGGAUCCAGAACCCGGAUUCAGCAGAGCUUAUUUUGGAUUUGCUGGGUGCGCAGGCGGCCGCGCAGCGCAGCCUGAGCUUCCGUGCUAGGCACCCGCAGCACGCGCAGCACCCGCAGCAGCAGCAGCACCCGCAGCAGCAGCAGGGGGCGUCAGUGGCCGCGUCCGCAACAGCUGUGGCGGCGGCGGUGGCGGACAGCGAAGACGCGGCGGCGGGCCUGGCGGCAGUGCUGGCGCCGCCGACAAUGGCAGCAGCCGUCUGCAGCCCUGGCGGCGCCGCCAGUAGCACAAGUCACAGCCACAGCCACAGUCACAGCACGGGUGUGGGCGCGCACAGCACGGCCGGGGCCAGCACGGAGCCUAGUCUGGCACUGCCUGCCCCGCUACAGCCGCUGCCACCGAUGCCACCGAUGCCACCGAUGCCGGCCGCAAGUGGCGGCGCUGGCGGCGGUGCUGGUAUUACUGGUGGCGGCAGCGGCAGCGGCGGCGGCGGCGGCCAUAACCCGGCUGCCAGUUGGCAGCUGCCCACCAUUGAUGAGCUAAAACCGGGGGUUGACGGUGGCGACCUAGCCGCCAGUGGCGGCAGAGGCGGCGGCGGCGGCGGCGGCGGCCCAGUGGCGGGCUCCACGUCACCCAGCCCGUUGACACGAAGCAGUACGGCAGGCAGCGCACGUGGCUCGUCCCAACUGAAUCGUACGGGCUCAGGUCAUUCUGCUAAUGACGCCGCCGCCAUUGCCGCCAACGGAAUGUUCCUGGGUACGGGCACGGGUACGGCACUGUCGGCGAUCCGGUCGGAUCGCGACCGCCCGUCUAACAGCAGCGGCAGCCAGAAUGUACGAGUGCUGCUCGGGAGCGCCGGCGGCAUUUUGAAUACCGGUGGUGGCGGCGGUUACGUAAUGGUUGGCGGGCAGUUGAUGCCGAGCGAUCUGCAGUACGACAAGCUGUCGUGGAGUAACGCCACUGGCACCUCGGCCUCAACCAACCUCUUACUGAACAGCGGCUUCACGGCACUGCUGACGUCGCUAACCACCGCCGGCGGCUCCAAUCAGGGCGGUGGCGGCGGCGGCGGCGGCGGAAGGCGGGAUAGCGCGCAGGGCCAGGGCUUGGGUAACGCACGGCGCACCACCAACACAUACGCAAGCAGCAACGCCGACCCCUCCCUCUCCACCAUCCCCAACCACACCGGCGGCAGCCGCCAAGGCGCCGCCACCGCCGCCCCCGCCUCCGCCGCCAGCCCGCCGCCAGCCCACCAAAUGACUCGCGGCAAGUCCUCAAUAGGCCCCCUGGCGCAAGGUGGCGGCGGCGCCGACGUAGCGCCGUACGGCGGCGCGUACGGCGGCGGCGGCGUUUCGAAUCUGGGUAUGGAUCCGCCCGACAUGCGUGCCGUACUUGCCGGCAAGAUGAGCCGCUCUUUCACAGACGCCCGCUCCUCCCGGUCGAGGCGUAGCCUGCUCGCCAGCGCCACCGCCGCCGCGGCAGCCGCAUCGGCGGCGGCGGCCGCCGCCUCGGCAGCUGGUGGCGGCGGCGGCGGUGGCGGCGCCCCGGGCUCGCCUUGGUCACGGAGCACAGCGGCUGCCGCCGGCAGGCCCGGUGGCGGCGGCGGCGGCGCCGCCAACACGACCAUAGGCGGCGGGAGCACGAGCACCACUUUUGGCGGCGGUGGCGGCGGCGGCGGCGGCGGGCACCAGCACUCUCACCACCACCACCCUCACCACCACCACCACCCUCACCAGCAGCAGCUGGUUAUCCGGGAGAAGUGGCAGGUGCUGAUUGUACAGGAGCUGUGCAUCCGCGGCUGUCUCAAGGACGCCAUCACAGGCGGCGUCUUCCACGCCACAAACACAGCGGCAGGCUCCGCGACCAACGCCUACGGCUCAGUGCAGCGCGGCGGCGCAGGUGGCGGCGGCGGAGGCGGCGGUGGCGGCGGCGCCAAUGGCGGCGGCGGCGGCGGCGGCGGCGGACGCGGCGGCAGCUACACAGCGGGCGCUCUGUCUACCCAGGACCACGACGACGGUGAUGGCGAGGGCGAGGGCGAGGGGAGUUUGUUGGAGAGCUGGGACGUCAAGAGCAAUUACAGGGGCAUGGGCGGCCCGCUGGGGGGAGGAGGAGGGGGCGGAGGCGGGCGGGCGUAAGAAGCAGGGUGGGCGUGUGCCUCAUUUCUUCUGGCAUGAGGGUAGCCGGGCAGCAGAGUGCUUUGGCGGAGGGUGGGGUAGUCGUUGUUUGGUUGAGGCCUUGGUUUGUGGGGACCGGUGGGGCUCGGCCGCGGGGCGGGAGGCCCCGUGUCUUUGCUGCGGCCGGCGGGAUGCAAUGAUCGAGUCCGGCGAAAGCAAACAGGCCGUCUUCUAUUUAUUUGAAUUGCUGCUGUGAUGCUCCAAUGAGAGUGCGGACAAUGCACGCGGCUCCUAUCCUGCCAUUUAUACUCUUUUGAUACGCACGAGCUAAGGUAAAUUUACAAAUGACGGCUGGUCUUCGUGGCAGUCGGAAGAACGCGUGCGUGUUACUAUGUUGAGUGGGAGUGCGGUGCCUUCCACACAGCCCACGCCGCCAUGAACACCUGUCCAUGCCGCCACGCACAACGCACAUUUGUCAGGAUGCACUACCGGUAGUGUGUGCUGGCUCAUCAAGCCGCUAUCUGUUGGCAGUACCGUAUUGGCUUUGCAGAAAUGGACGUGAGCGGUCAACGCCCGGGGGCGUGAGGAGUGCUUGCGGGCAUGUGCGCCCAGGCGGGUGUGUUUGUGUUUUUUUUCGUGUUGUGUUUGAACAAUGCGUGUGUGUUUGUGUUAUGCAACAAUGCGUGUGUGUUUGCUUGUGUCUUUGUGUGGUGGCAUGUGGCUGGCAGCGCGGCUGGGCUGCGCGGGUGUGGCAGUAGCGGCAGUAGCGGCAGUAGCGGCAGCGGAGGACUGCACCGCACCGGUGCUCCACCAGGGCUCCACCGGGGCUCCACCGGGGCUGCUAGGGGCGCUGGCUGUGCCGGUAGUGGUCGGUUUGGGGUGCUCCACCGAUAGCGAAAAUGCGCUGUUUACAUUUAUCAAUGCAUGCGAGAGAGCCACGAACGCACGACACGGGGCUGUGUUAACAAAACAACAGAACGAAGGCGCGGGGCUGUGACGGCGCCAAUUAAACUGUUGUCUAUUGGGCAGGCAGUGUGUGUGUGUGUGUGUGUGUGUGUGUGUGUGUGUGUGUGUGUGUGUGUGUGUGUGUGUGUGUGUGUGUGUGUGUGUGUGUGUGUGAGCGCGGCGGGUUAGCGGUAGGGCGCUUCCUUGCUCGCGUUCGGGUUCAGGUUCGGGUUGACAAGGGAAAGACACUGUGUCGCCCAACAGAUUUCUUCGCGUGUCCUUGUUUGCGGCGAGGACUGGAAUGCGUUGAUUGUAGCGGCGAUGCCGGACUCAGCAAUUCGGGUUUGUUGCCGUUUGCAGUGGGUUUAGGAAAAGAGGAUAGCCGGCGUCACAGGUGCCGUGGCGGCAGUGAGCGCCCACGGCGCAUCUCUGUCUAAUUACUAUCAUCGUGACAGGCAAGACCGCCUGAACCCCUGUCUAAUACGGUAUGUCUACUUGCUGAGCUCCGUGGGGUUUUGGGGCCUGGAGGCUUAGUGAGGCUUCACCAUCAGGUAGGGCGGCGCCGCGGCAGCCACAGAAGGGGAGCCUCAGCCCUGCAUGAUUGGGAGUCGCUGUAGAAGGCUGCUGAGGCCUGAGCGGCUGAGCCUAGGGCUAAGGAGGCCGCUCUAGGUUCACUAGGAUGGGCGAGUAGGGGCGAGUGCGCUGCAUCAUGAGGUAAAGUGGACACUGGGCUGGGGUGUGAGACAAGCAGGCCUUCUGCAGCGGGUGGUAGUCGUUCAUAGCAUGGGUGCGGCGCGGAGACCCCCAAUCGAGCGCUCGUAUCUUACGAAGGCAGGGGCGGCGUCAGUGGCCGAAUUCCUUAAAAUGGCUUGGAUGAC